AUGCCACGUGAAGGCACUCGGGGAAGAUUGCGUUCGCACGAGGCCUGUCUGAAUUGCAGGAGGAAGAAGACUCGUUGUCCCGCUGAGAAGCCGGCAUGUUCAAGCUGUGUUCGCCUGAACCAGCAAUGUCUGUACACAGCCGUGCCAAGAGGCUCUCGCAGUGGCCCUUCUGCUGACAGACUGGCUUACCUGGAGGAGAAGGUCAAUCUUAUCUUGAACGGUGGCAGAUCGCUUCCUCAAGACCAGAAUCAUGGUGGAAACAAUGAAUCCGCCGACACUGCGCACUCGGCACCCUCCUGUCCAUCGUCAACCGAUUUUGGGCCCUCUCUCAAUGAUCCAUUUCUCCUUGGAAUGGGAUUUGAAGACUCGAAGAUAAACCCGUCUUCGAGGAUCUCACAGGCAGUAGAUCUUUAUUUUCAAUACUGCCACAGACAGCCAAUUUGGUGUUUUGAUCGCGAAGAAGUCAAGGACACUAGCUACAUCUCAGAAGAGCUGGUCUGCAGCAUUCUUACACUCACUUCACGAUUCUCGCAAGAGCGCAAUGAGCUGCAACAUUACGGUGAUAGCGCUCGGACACUUGUCAUGCUCCGGAUUGCCAAUGGCACUGUGGAGCUUGAAACGAUAGAGAGUCUCUGUUUGCUUUCAUUCUCUUCUUUUCUCGAUGGAAAUAAUCACCUUGGGCGGUUUCACCUGGGUCUAGCCCUCCAGCUUUGUCGCUCUGCAAUGUUGGACCUUCACUCUUCUUACGGCAUUGAAUGUCCGUCUGCUGAACGUAAGAAAAGACUCUUCUGGAGUCUUCAAUGCCUUGAGCAGGUAUAUGGCCAGAUCAACGACAUUCUCGGCGUGCCGGGGGAUGUUCUACGGUCCUUUUACGUUUCAACGAGUGACGAACGGGGGCUCAAGAACCUAGACACAAGCCCUCCACCAUUACCAAAUGAUGACCUUGGAUGCACGAGCUCCGCGGACCUUGGCAUAUGGAAUUUGGCGCUACAUUUUGGGUGGGUCUGGAGCAGGGUGAGAUCAUACGUUUUUGAUUGCGCUCAAAGCCGCUUGAAAGAGCCCUGGAGGCAUGACUCGAUGUACGCGAUGAUACUCUCGGACCUAACCGAGCUUGAGAACAAGCUUUCACCUUGCCAUCGAUAUGACUCGGUUAAGUUUUACGAGCGAAGAGCAGAGGAGCUCAGGAUUAAUCGGGAAUAUUGGACCCCGUGGCUCAAGUUGCAAUUCACCUAUCACUCCAUCUUGACAGUCCUCAAUCAUCCCUUCCUCUACAUUGUGGCAUCUCAAUACAACCACAACUUGACGAUCCCAAACACCUUCUGGAGGAGAUCGUCUGAGCUGGUCCUCCUGCAUGCUACUUGGGUUGUUCGACUUAUCGACAUGGUGUCUGAAAAGAAGAUGCGACUAAUCGAUCCAUUUUUUGGCCACGCAGCCGCAAUUGCCGCCACGGUGCAUCUUUACUAUUGUUGUGCCAAAGAUCCAAGAUUGAAGUACAAAUCAAAAACAGACUUUGCAAAAUGCAGAAAGUUUUUGAAGAGCUUUGUAUCUUUCUCCCCCGCCUGUGAAAAAUUGAACCACACACUAGACAAAAUGACUCGCAUCGCAUCCGGCUCAGAAAAGGUGGACUUUGAUUGGGAGCCAUCAAAGAUCCAUCUCAGUAUUCCCCUGAUGUGGGAUCUUCUGCAAAUAAACUGCACCCCAACGUCACAAGAAACAUCGGCUGCUGGCUUGUUGCACCCUUCACUCAGCCCUGCCGUCUUUCCAGAGGAAGUGGAAAAUUCGUCAUCCACUCUUGAGAUUAUCGUCGCAAUGUCCCCAGACAUCACUGUCAAUACUGCUGAUGGAGGAUCCGCCGCCCAUCUACCACCUACUCUACCACCACGCGUUGCUACGGCACCUGCAUCCCCGGCAAGUACAACAAUGGGAGAGAAACUCGUUGCACCCGCCGACAGUCUGAUGGCCAAUACCCCAUGGCUCUGGACUGAGCCUCCACAAUUCAUUGAUAUGGAUAAUCUUGGUUAUCCCGAGUCAGAGUCCACCAUGGGCAAUGUCGACGGAUUUUCCACUUGGUGGGAUUUUGGAAACUUAUAA